CUGUAUUUAAAGAGGAAAAGUUACAGUUCCACUCAGCCGCAGGUUUGAGUUGUGAACCGUGCGUGGAAGGUUUUGGCCACAGCUGAAGAUGCUGCUGCUGCUCGUGCUGCUGUUGGCGGUUGGCGUCGCGGUUCCGGUCGGCGGCGGCUCGGUCCAAACCUCCUCCUGCCUCCAGCCUCCAGCCAAGUGGUGCUCAACUUUAGAAUCCGCUGUUCAGUGUGGGGUGUUGAAGCAGUGCCUGGAGUCUGACUUCAGGAGGAGCCAUCAGACCGAAGAGCCAGUCCAUGUCGGGUUGUACUAUGAGAGCCUGUGUCCUGGCUGCAGGAUGUUCCUCACUGAGAUGCUCUUCCCCACCUACCUGCUGCUCAACAGCAUCAUGUCUGUUACUCUGGUACCCUAUGGAAAUGCACAGGAGAUGCCUGUCGCUCAGAAGUACACCUAUGAGUGCCAGCAUGGGAAACAGGAGUGUUUGGGGAACAUGAUAGAGACCUGUAUAAUGAACAUGACUGACAUGGCGUUCCCAAUCAUCUUCUGCAUGGAGUCCUCUGCUGAUGUCAUCGGCUCAGCUGAAAGUUGUCUGAAACUCUACGCUCCUGUUCUGAGCAUGGACAAAGUGAUGAGCUGUGUUAAUGGAGACAUGGGAAUGCAGCUGAUGCACCAGAAUGCCUUGCAGACCAAGGCGUUGAACCCUCCCCACCAGUAUGUGCCCUGGAUCACCAUCAAUGGGGUACAUACAGAAGACCUGCAGGACAAGGCCAUGUCCUCCCUGUUCACGCUGGUCUGCUCCAUGUAUAAGGGGACAAAACCUGCUGCCUGCGGAGGGAGCCAGAAACUACACUACAGAAGUUACUGCCACAAUGAAUGAAGAAGCAGCUCAAUGCUGCACCCUCUAAACUGAAAAACUCUCUGAUAUUUUUUUUUUUGUAUCUUCAUUUUGUCUCUAAAAACAUGGAAGAUUCUGUUCACUUAAUUUUUAAAACUUGCACAAAUAAAUGAAACCUUCUUUCUAAAAUA